AUGUCUCUCCCCGAAGACCUCGCUGCUAAAUACCCAUCCCUCCUCAAAUACGCCGACGACAGUUACCCCGAGUCCCACGAUGGCCGCGAAGUUACCCUACUGAAACACAUCUACAACCAUCCCGACCUGGACAAGCUCCGCAACUCCCCUGUAGAGCUUUGUCGCGUCAUGGACGAGUUUGCCGCGAAGGAAGAUUUCCUGAUCAACAUCGGCAGCGACAAAGGCUGGAAAGUGCGUGAGAUAAUCGAGAAGCAGAAACCAACUGUGCUCGUUGAGCUUGGUGGGUAUGUUGGCUAUUCGGCCAUCUUCUUUGCAGAUGCUAUGCGUCGUGCUGGGAAGGCGGACGGGCUUAGACUGUGGAGCUUGGAGUUUGAUCCGCUCAUUGCGUCCAUUGCUAUGAAUUUGAUUGAGCUGGCUGGUUUGAGUGAUAUCGUCAAGGUUGUUGUGGGGUCUGCGGCGGAUUCGUUGAAGAGGCUGAAAGCGGAGGGGAAGUUGACUGCUGCUGAUGUUGUGUUCUUGGAUCAUGAUGAGGACCUUUAUUUGCCGGAUUUCAAGGUCUGUGAGGAGCUUGGUCUGCUUCAGAGUGGGAGCUUGGUCAUUGCGGAUAAUGUGGUCAGACCUGGGGCUCCCGAGUAUCGUGCGUAUGUUCGCUCGAAUGAGAGAUUCGAGAGUUGGGGUGUUGAGGGGCUUAUUAUCCCUGGCGAGAAUAAGGAUGAAAUUGAAGUUACCAGAAUCAAGUAG